UGGGGCUCUGACAGAUGGGAUUUUGGGGCCAUUUGGAGCAUUUGGGGGCAAUUUGGGGGCAAUCCAUGUGCUCUGAAAUCUCACCACUGCGGCGGACUGCGCCAGGGGCCAUGCGACAGGUGGCACUACGCCCAAACUGCGGCGACGGGAUUGGCGGCAGCAAAAUAGCCUCGUCUGACGACCCCUGCGCCGUGGGCCGACCAAAUGUCCCCUUACGCAGUACCACCGUACCUUAGCCCUUUGAAAGUCUGAAAGAUGAACACCCCCCCUGGUCGACUCUGUCGUCCCUCGCCGAGUCUCCCCUCCUCGUCGGUGAUUAUUUGGGGGAGGGUUUCUUCCUGGCCCUGGUAAGCCCAGAUAACCUAACCAAAGAGCUGCCAGAACGACGCGAUUUCCGUCCGAGGUUUCGCAUCCUCCUUUUUGCAGGAGAUUCUUUCUUCUCUUCAGUCCUUUCCUCACCACAUACAUCUUCCACGGAGUACCUUAUCACUUACCUCUGCGCAUACUUGACUUUCGCAAACUCGCCCUCAAAGAGUCAAGCGACAGCCAAUCGCCCACCAUGGCGCGGAGACAACACUUCACGCUCAUGGUCCUCCUGGCCGUCGUCGCCUUCUUCAGCGUCUCCUACCUCUUCUCGAGCGGCACCAGCGAACCCUCAUCCCCCGCGCCCCCAGCCGCCGCCGUACCCCUAAAGGGCGAUUCCGUAUCCUCCAGCGGUGACACCCCCGAUCUUGGCCACAUCUCGAGCAGCAUCCUGUCCGGCGAAUCCAUUGCGCCCAAGUUGGAGAAUGCGACGGCAAAAGCCGAGCUCGGCCGCGCCUCGUGGAAGCUCUUCCACACUAUGAUGGCCCGCUUCCCCGAGAAGCCCACCCCCGACGACAGCCUCGCUCUCAAGACGUACAUCCAACUCUUUGCCCGCCUCUACCCCUGCGGCGACUGCGCCUCCCACUUCCGCAAGCUGCUGGCAAAGUACCCGCCCCAAACGAGCAGCCGCAACGCCGCCGCGGGCUGGGCCUGCUUCGUGCACAACGAGGUCAACACCCGGUUGAAGAAGGAGCUGUUUGACUGUAACAAGAUUGGCGAUUUUUACGACUGCGGGUGCGGCGAUGAGGAUAAGAAGAAGACCGAGGGCGGUGGUGAUAAGCCCAGCGCUGAGCUGGCCAAGGACGGUCUCACCAAGGGCGGUUAAAGUGUUGCUUGAUUGACAUAUUUUGGAUAUCCGAGGCGCGUGACUGUUGUACCAUAUCUACAAGAAUACCUGUACAAAGAUGCAUUUCCUGGGCCGGCGUUGUGGGUGACCACCGGAUCCAGCGGAACAAAUUGAAUUUGAGGUUUUGGACGUAUUCGCUUUGAUGAGGUUUGGAACGGGAAUCGUCUAUAUUGGGGUAAAGUUUCGUAUGCCAGUAUCUGUAGUUCGUGGCAGUAUCUCCAUCUCAGAAGCUAUCGUCCUCACGUGGGGCCCUCCGGAAUAGCAUUGAACAGCUAUUGAAACGGCCAUACUAUGACCCUAACAACCAAGCUGUACGGGGUUUUCUGUAUAAGAAUAUGAGUUUUGUUGAAUGAUCAAGUUUUCCAUUGAAUUGAAUCAAAAUCAGCUCAAUAUCUUCA